UACUCUCACCCACGCGCACCUAAGCAUUUUGCAUGUGCAUAUGUGACACCACUCAACCUGAUCUGAAUAACCACAGCUAAUUACCAUCCAAAAUGCCAUCACUUUAAAUUUUCUCAACCAUUCACUCUCCAUAGUCCAUAUAUACACUAGCUAGCAAUCGAGACUUAGAGAUAAUUGGAGACAAGCAAGCGAUCCAUUUGGAGAUUCUGGCCGUGAUUUUUGGAGGAAGAAGAAGCAACACUCUUUGUAUACUCCUUGGUUGCAUGCAACUUGUUUCCACCCUACCAACCUACCUCUCCAUCCAAGUAUAGGAUAAAUAUCAAAUCGAUCAUAACUAAGAAUGGGAGACAUUGAUCCAAGUUUCAUUCGGGAGCCAGAAUGCAGACCCCAACACACUCUGAACGAAGAGGGCAUUCCAGUGAUAGAUCUCUCUGGCAUGUCAGACCCUUCAGCCAUUGGUGAGAUCGUGAAGGCCAUAGGCAAUGCAUGCAAGGAGUGGGGGUUCUUCCAAGUGAUUAACCAUGGAACUGAAGAAAGUCAUGCGAAGGUUGAUGCUGUUUCGAGGAAGUUCUUUAAUCUGAAUAAGGAUGAGAAAAAUAAGGUUAGAAGGGAUAUUGUGCAAGUGAUGGGGUAUUAUGACUCUGAGCACACCCAAAAUUCUAAAGACUGGAAAGAGUCGUAUGAGUUUGUUGUGGAGGAACCCACCUUGAUGCCACUUUCAAUUGACCUUAACGACAACCAAAUCUAUGAAUGGAAUAACAAGUGGCCUCAGAAUCCACCGGAGUUUAGAGAGGUAUGCAAGGAAUAUGCUAAAGUCAUGGAAACCCUAGCAUUCAAGUUAUUGGAGUAUAUUUUUAUGAGCUUAGGGUUGCCACCAAAACGGUUUCAUGAAUUCUUCAAAGGCCAUCAAUCUAGUUUUGUGAAGAUAAAUUAUUAUCCUCCUUGCCCCUCCCCAGACCUUGUUCUUGGAUGCGGUCCCCACAAGGACACUGGUGCUUUAGUUAUCCUUCCUCAAGAUGAUGUUGGUGGCUUAGAAGUUAGGCGACAAUCUGAUGGUGAAUGGGUUAAAGUCAAGCCCAUACCUGGUGCUUACGUUGUCAAUGUUGGAGAUGUAGUUCAGGUUUGGAGCAAUGAUGCAUAUCAGAGUGUUGAGCACAGAGUUGUUGUGAACUCUAAGAAGGAAAGGCUUUCAACUCCCUUCAGUCUUCAAGUUCCUCACUUCACAGUGGUGGAACCCUUAGAGGAGUUCACAAAUGCGGAAAACCCUCCCAAAUAUAAGCCAUAUAAUUGGGGCAAGUUCCUAGCUAAGAAAAAGUUUGCCAAUUUCCAGAAAAUUGAAGGAGAAAGCAUCCAAAUCAAGCACUUCAAGAUUUACUAAGGAGACCCUAUAUUUAAUAAUAAUGUUAUGAUCAAUAACAUUGUAUGAGGGAAGGAAUGUUCUACUUCUUCAAGUUAAGAACACAAAUAAGAUGUUAUGAACAUAAUUUAUUUAUCUUGUUUUGGGAGUCAAAUGUUAUUACAGUUUAUUAAUAAUUUCUAUUUUGUGAUUAGUUAUCUGGUA